GACCCGGGUAAUCUCGAAUCAGAUUUACAAACAGGUGCAGUUGCAGGAACGAAACUACUUUGGUUGUUAUUAUGGGCACAUGUGAUUGGUCUUAUCUUUCAAUUACUAUCUGCUAGAUUAGGCACAAUUACAGGAAAACAUCUUGCACAACUCAUUCGACAAAAUUACUCCACACGACUUACGUUGGUCCUAUGGGCCUUUGCUCAAAUCGCGAUUAUUGGCGCCGAUAUUUUAGAAAUUGUCGGUACUGCCGUCGCACUACACAUUCUGCUCCGACUUCCGUUAUGGGCUGGUGUCUUGAUGACUGCCACUGACACAUUUACAUUUAUGAUGAUUCAAAGGUAUGGUAUACGACGUUUGGAGGCGUUUUUUAUGGUCCUCAUCACGAUGAUGGCUGUCUGUUUCUGGGUCGAAUUAGUCAAAUCACAACCCAACGUCAAGGAAAUUUUGGAAGGUGUGCUGAUACCCAACAUCCCCAAAAAUGCCGAAUUUCAAGCCGUCGCCAUGUUGGGUGCCAUUGUUAUGCCACACAAUAUGUUUUUACACAGUGCACUUGUCAUGUCCCGUGAUUUGGGAACACAGCCUUCCAUUCGCAAGUUAAAGGAAGCUAACUUUUAUUUUGCUAUCGAGUCAGGUCUAGCGCUUAGUGUGUCCUUUUUUGUGAAUCUAGCUAUUGUUGUUGUCUUUGCCAAAGUGUUUUAUAAGCCUGAUCAAAUUGGAACAAUGAAAUUGCCUGGAUUAGAUGAUGCAGAUAUUGGAUUAAGCGGUACAUUGGGAUCUGCCGCCAAAUAUUUAUGGGCUGCCGGUUUGCUUGCAGCUGGUCAGAGUUCCACCAUGACGGGCACUUUAGCGGGUCAGUUUGUAACGGAAGGAUUCUUUGGUAAUAUUUUCAAAAAAGAUUGGCAUCGUGUAGCCGCAACCCGUAGUAUUUCAUUAAUACCCGGUAUGUUGGUUGCCAUAUUUGCUGUCGAUCAUUUCGAUACUAUGGGUGAAUUACUCAACGUGUUACAAAGUGUUUGUUUACCAACCGUGUUAAUUCCAAUUAUCAAAUUGUCUACCUCGUCCACUAUCUUAUCCAAGGAAUUCAUACCAAGUAAAAUAUUA